AGCACACACAUUAUCAACCAAAAGUCACUCGAAAGAUGUGCAAUUUCCAGCAAGAUUUUUUUCGUGAAACAUUGUAAUGACCAGUGUUAGUUUUUUUAAUAGUGUCUUCUAUGAUUUCGUGGUUUCAAAAAUAACACAGUACAGCACAAUCUGCCAUGAGUGGCCAGGGAGCAGAAACAUUCAAGAAACGCACCGGCUGUACCGACCGCGGUAAAGACUACGAACACCUCUACCUCUGCACCGUCAUCCUCAACCUAAUUGCCGACAAAACGAUCCAUAAUUUCCAGAUCUCCUCAAACGAUGCCAGUUUUGGCGCCUUCGACGACGUCACUAUCCAGGUCGAAUACACAACCGGAACCAAAAAGAUAUACGCCAUCCAGUUGAAGCACGUCAACAAAGGGAAAACUCUGACAAAGAAUGGGCUCGCCGAAAAACGCGGUAACUUCAGCGUCAAGAAGUACUACGAAGAUUACACACAACUCCAGAAGUUCGAACAUGCGGUCACGUUCGUCCUUUUCACGAACCUUAAGUUCGCCGUGCGGAACGGCGUGGGGAUCACUUUGGCAGAGGACGAUUUUGAGAUUACGAUUGAGGAAAGUGCAAAGGAGGGGUUGUUGAAUACAGGGGAGAAGGGGAGGUGCUGGAAGUUUGCGAGUCCGGGCAAGAGGUACGAGAGGUUUUUUGAGCAGUUUAUAUUGUACACAGACCAAGUAAGCGUGGAUAAAUUAAGGCGAGAUGCUGUGGUGACGUUUCAGGGGAUGUUCGGGUGUGAAGAGGUGGUUUUUGAACGGUAUUUGCAGUUUGUGACGGAGUGGAGUCUGGUGGAAGGGAAGAAGAACAAACUGAAGAGGGAUUUAAUGAUAAGUGCUAUAGUUGUUCGAGUUAUGGCUCCGCAUAUAGUGCCUUUUGUUUUCUCUGGUGGUAGUAGUGAGAAUAGGACAAUCUGGAGGGACGUAGUGGCCAAGUUUCCAGUUACUCGUGUCGAUGCUUCGCAUAGCGAAAAAAUCGCAACAGUUUGGAGUGACUUGAAAGGUACUCUCGAUAUCGACGAAGUGAACAAAAUCAACAGAACGUACCAAGUCACUUCCUACGUCACCAGGAUUGACGACCUAAAUGACAAAGACUGCACGACGUUACUAUGGCUUAUGGGUCUUUGCCCAUUGCCUGUUUGCCAAAACGAUGCUAUCACCAAAACUAUUGACUUAUGUAACAAGUCUUUUCUAGUUUUCGGAACAACAAACUCCUCCAAGAAAACCUUCCAUUACUUAUCAGAUUUGGAUCUUCCCAGUCGCUCGAAGAUCAUUAAAAACUUCAAAUGUUCCUUCCAAGGUAAAGAAGACCAAACUCUUGAGACUCUACUCAAGAACAACCCGAACAUCCACCCUUUAAUCACCACGAACGAACUCGUCCAGAUGUUAGACGACUCGUUUAAACUCGGAGGCAAAAAAGAAAUCCUUCCGAUUCCACACAUCGACAGAGUUCUUAACAGAAAUCUCAUAAAGAUGAGCUUCCUUAACACCAAAAAGAACUCCGUUGUCAUGAUCAACAACGUGGAACCCAGCGACGAACAAACCAUAAGGAAUUCCGUCCUCGAUUGUACCCUGACUCGCGUUCAAGAUUUCUGGAAGAGGAAGCUUGACGCUUCCGAAAAGAACAAGAACGAGGUUAUUCUCAGUUCGGGAGAGUGUUCGCAGGGUGAGAUCGAGUCUAUUUGUCGGCGACUGAACACCACCGGAUAUCACCUCUUUCGGGUUAGAGGUGACGUUCUUGAAUGGUUGCAAAGCACUGGCGAUAUAAACAAGCUGAAGGAACACCAAGUAGGUGGUCAGUGGGUGGAGCAAAGCGUGCUCUUCAGUAACCCGGGAGAAUAUAGGAUUAACAUCGUGUGCGCAGAUCCCGGCAUGGGCAAGUCGAUUUUAAUGAAGACUUUGAAGAAUUCAGCGAAAGUUUGGACGGUGUUGCUUCAACCGAAAGACCACUCGAGGUACUUCCGCGACAAGAACACCAACGCUGAUGAUUUCGUCGCUUACGUUGUCGACAAGACCUACAAAGAUGUCUUAGUUCGCAAACUCGUCCAAGUUUUGUGCGAAAGUCGACAGGUCAUGUUCAUAUGGGACGGUUUGGACGAAGUAGCGGAAGAAAAUCUGAAGGUGAUCUUCCAGAUUAUUCAAAAAUUGUCCGCGCGUGGAUUCACCCAGUGGUUGACGUCCAGGUGCAACCUGAGAGGUGCUCUCGAGAGCACGUUCAACGUGCUAGCGCGAACCAUCGAACAAUUCGAUGUACAGCAACAAAACGUGUACAUUGAGAAGCGCCUAAACUGCACAGGGAGCGAUUUGGAAGAUAUCAAGACGAAAAUUCACAAGUGCAUCCGGCUCGUCCAAUACAACGACAUCCUGGGGAUUCCGUUGCAGAUCUACAUGUUCACGGAACUCUUCCGACAAAACCGCGACAAGUACCGAACCUUAUUAACUAGUAUUUUCUCCAUUACUGACUUGUAUCGGCAUUUUGUCGACGAAAAAUUCAACAUCUAUCAUCAGAUUAAAGCGAACCUGGACGGAUCGAAUGACGUGAUGAUCCAAGUGAUGGAACGCAGCAAAAAGGACAGACUCAAGCAGUACGAAGAGGCAGCUCUUAAGACGUACCUACGACCUGAAGUUCUCGAAGCUUUAAAAAUCAAUUGCGACGCGUUCUUGGAAGAAAUACAGUCGGGGUGUGACAGUGUGGGCAUAAUUAUCGACGUGACGGACGAAAAAAUACCGAGUUUCCUGCACAAUUCGUACGGAGAGUACUUCGCGGCGUCCUUCCUGCGGAAGUACCACGAUAAAGUGCCGAAUUUCUCCGAUUUUGUUUUUGAAGAAAGCUUCAACAACAUCCGCUUUUUGUUCGAUUUGCUGAUGGCGGAGCAGUGUCCAGCUCACGUCGCCGUGCUGUAUAAGAACCCGCGAGUGUUGGAAGAGCACGAAAAUGACUUGGUUCGACGGGAUGGGGGCGGAAGGAACCCGCUACAUCUCGCGUGCUCCUGGGGGAAGAGGUUUUCCAUUAAUACUUCACCAAAAGACGAAAGUUCCGAAGGCGCAAAAGACGAAACCCCGGAGUACCAAAAAAUCCUGAACUACUUAAUCACUCGUUGCGACCCUUUCGAAGCCGAUGGGCUCUUUCUGAUGGACUCUUUCGGCUACGCGGACGCGGCCUGCAGCCUGGUUCCCCUCCUGGUGAUAUCCAACACCCACACCUUCGAUUUUACCGCACUGAAGAACUUCAACGACGUGAACACUAUCCUGUACAAUUCGGUGAAACUCGACUACGCGGACGUUUUCGAAGACAUACCCUUCGUUAGCUUGGGAGAAGACAAGUCUCUUUUGCACCUCGCGGUGAGCCACGGAAGUGUCAACAGCGUGAAGAAGAUGAUGACGAACCCGGAAUACCGACAGCGCAUAGAUACUUCCGAUUCCAGUGGGGUUACCCCCUUCUUGUCGGCCUGCCACAACGGCCAGGUUAAAAUCCUCGAAGUCUUACUAGCGGCCGGCGCCGACGUCAACGCCACCACUUCCAACGGCUAUAAUGCUGUCUAUUUAUGCGCGAGGUCUUCGAACGAGGAUGUUCUCAAGUUCUUGGUCGAUUCCGGCGUGGACAUCAAUGCUCGAAAUCAGUUUGGCAAGACGGCCUUGCAUCUAACUUGCGAAUCCAACUCGUACAAGGGGGCCGAGAUCUUGAUCCGGCACGGAGCUGACGUGGAUUUCGGGGACGACUACGGCUACACUCCGCUGUAUUUGUCUUGCAGGCACAAGGACAAAGAGAUCGUAGAGUUGCUUUUGGAGAAGGGGGCGAACGUAAACCUUGCGAACCACCACGGAGACGUUCCCCUGUUCAUGGCGGCGUGGAGCGGCCAGAUGGACGUCAUGAACAUGUUUAUGGAGAGAGGAGCCGACAUCGACGCUGUUAAUAAGAAGGGCCACGGACCCGUGCACGCCGCCUGUUUGAAUAAACUGCUCCAGGUCCUAGAAUUUUUGAUCGAGAACAAAGCGAACGUGAACGCACCGAAUAGGUUCGGGCAGACGCCUCUGCAUCUGGCGGUUAGGCACCACUUCGACGAAGGGAUUGUGGCGCUGUUGAAGGCGGAGGCUGAUAUCGAGGCCGUUAAUAAACACGGGGAGACCUUCUGCGAGAUGGGAAGCCGAUAUUACAGAGAAGGCGUGGGGGGGUUUGUCGUUAAGGCGAAGGGGCGAGAGUAUUGGGAAUCAGUCAAGGAUCGGGUGUGCAAAAUUCCGGAAAAGGCACCCGUUGUCGUUCCGAGGGAGAAUACGAAGAGGUGUACCGUUUCUUGAGAUCGUGCUGCGCGUGUACGACUUUGAAAUAAAUCCACAUCCCUACAUUGAUAAUACUAUUGUAAAUCCACCAAAAUGUAAAUUUGUUACUUAUUUAUCGUCAAGAAUAAAUGAGAGUAUAAAAAUUGUUCAAGUUAAA